GGUACGGAUCUGCGCUGCUCGCGGGCGGCCCCGCGCAAAGACGGUGGCAGGAGGCUCAGCCGCAGGGUGAGUGCCUAUCCCCGAGCCUCAGGAUCGGAAACUCGCCCUCUGCGCGCUCUGGCUCGGGACCCCCGGCGUCCUCCGGAGUCUUCCUUAGCAGGCACCGUCGCCGGCGCGCCUGGGCGCCGCGCACCAUGGAGCUCGCGGCCGGGAACCUCAGCGAGGGGAACGCAAGCGGGCCCGAGCCCCCCUCCCCGGAGCCCAGGCCGCUCUUCGGCGUCGGCGUGGAGAACUUCGUCACGCUGGUGCUGUUCGGCCUGAUCUUCGUGUUCGGCGUGCUGGGCAACAGCCUGGUGAUCACCGUGCUGGCGCGCAGCCAGCCGGGCAAGCCGCGCAGCACCACCAACCUGUUCAUCCUCAACCUGAGCAUCGCGGACCUGGCCUACCUGCUCUUCUGCAUCCCCUUCCAGGCCACGGUGUACGCGCUGCCUACCUGGGUGCUGGGCGCCUUCAUCUGCAGGUUCAUCCACUACUUCUUCACCGUCUCUAUGCUGGUCAGCAUCUUCACCCUGACCGCGAUGUCGGUGGACCGCUAUGUGGCCAUCGUGCACUCUCGGCGCUCCUCCUCCCUGCGGGUGUCUCGCAACGCGCUGCUGGGCCUGGGCUUCAUCUGGGCGCUGUCCAUCGCGAUGGCCUUGCCCGUGGCCUACCACCACCGCCUCUUCCACUGGGAAGUCAGCAACCAGACCUUCUGCUGGGAGCAGUGGCCCAACCAGGGCCACAAGAAGGCCUAUGUGGUGUGCACGUUUGUCUUUGGUUACCUGCUGCCGCUUCUGCUCAUUUGCUUCUGCUACGCUAAGGUCCUGAGUCACUUGCAUAAAAAGUUGAAGAACAUGUCAAAGAAGUCGGAAGCAUCAAAGAAAAAGACCGCGCAGACCAUUCUGGUGGUGGUCGUGGUUUUCGGGAUAUCCUGGCUGCCUCACCACGUCAUCAAUCUCUGGGCUGAGUUUGGGGUUUUCCCGCUGACCCCCGCCUCUUUCCUCUUCAGAAUCGCUGCCCACUGCCUGGCCUAUAGCAACUCCUCGGUGAACCCCAUCAUAUACGCUUUUCUGUCUGAGAAUUUCAGGAAGGCCUACAAGCAGGUGUUCAAGUGCCACAUUCGCAGCACCUCGCCUCUUAAUGACGGUAAAGAGAACAGGAGUCGGGUAGACAACCCUCUGUCCACCAACUGCACUCACGUGUGAGACGGGUGCUAGCGCACGCUCGUGGGCUUUCCAUGCACGUCACCGUACGGCAACGGCGAGCAAGGGGGCACCUUCUGAUACUCACAAUGAUCCAUUCAUUUUAAUGCGAUUCCACUUGGUUUAAAAAAAAAGUGCUUUGGUCCAUUUAGGAAAUCUCUA